AAUGUUUGCGUCCGGCAGUCGAACGAAGAAUAUUAUUGUGCGCCAGUCCAUGACGCAUCGUCAGCUACCAUUAUUGCCUACAGCAGCAACACCAACAACUAUGACGGCGCGAACGGCGCGUCGCGUCAGCUCCACUGGCGACGACACGCGUCUAGGUGCAACGCUUAGCGGACGCCAGCUGUCACCACAAGUGCGUUCGAAAUUCACCGAACGCAAAGCGACCUCAAUGUCGGCCACAACAACAGCCGCAGCACAUGUGCGCAAUGCAAUGCAGUCAAGCGCCAGCAAUAGUAAUCACCCUGGUCUCUAUAAAACGAGCGCACACGCAGCGGCCGCCGCAGCGGGUAGCGGCAGUGCGCAAGGCGAUGGCCGCAAGGUGAUGCGCGGUAUACCGAGCAAUACGGCGGCGCGCGCCACCGCACGUCAACGCAGGGAGGCGGCCGCUAAAGGUAUCGACACCACUGUUAAGAAAAGCGAUGUUAUGGAGCAGAUUAUUAAGACAGAGAUCGGCAUACAAACGAAUGAGCCGGAAAUACUUAAUCACGAUCUGAUUAUCGGCGAUAUUAAGUUGUUGCCGCCCACGGCCUGCGUGGUAGCGGAAAUCGAACGUCAACGUAGUGAGCUCAAUAAGAAGCUGAUGUUGAAGACACAACGAAAAUUUGAAGGUCAUUCGGAGAAGCAAGAGGAGCAUUUGACCGAUUUGAAGGAGUUCCUCGAGAAAUCGGUGGUCACCAGACGUUUACGCAAGUCCAAACUCUCGAUCGAAGUAGAUAAGAAGCUUAUAAACUCAAUGGAUGAAAUAUUAAAUAGAGGCGUACCAAAAACUGAAUCCAUCACAGAUAUUAAGGGGCGUAUCAAGAAAAAGGAACAGGAAUUGCUAACACUAUUCGAUACUGUCGAAAAUUUGCAAGUUUAGUAUACAAAUUUAUGCAAUGCAAAUAUGUAUAUACAGAGCUAUUAUAUAUGUAUAAA